AUGGAAAUGAAACAAUUAAUCCUUCCCACAUUUCCUUGUCUUCUGCUGUUCUUUAUCCAUUUCAGUACAACUAUCUCAGCUCAGUCCUCAGCCCUGGCUCCUGCACCACCAGGUCCAACUAAUAUCACCGCCAUCCUCGAAAAAGCCGGCCGAUUCACCAUACUAAUCCGCUUACUUGAAAGCACACAAUCUGUUGAUCGGAUCAACACUCAGCUCAACAACUCCAAUCAAGGCCUCACUAUAUUUGCGCCAGCUGAUGGCGCUUUCGCGAACCUCAAAUCAGGCACUCUCAACUCUUACACGGACGAGCAAAAAUCCGAACUCGUCCAGUUCCACACACUGCCUUCUUACAUGUCGAUCCAGCAAUUCCAAACUGCAAGCAAUCCUGUCGGCACUGAAGCUGGAGGAACAAACUACGGCCAGUUUCCGCUUAAUGUGACCUCAUCAGGAACUGGAGUCAACAUUACCACGGGAUUCGUCAAUGCGUCAGUUGUGAACACAGUUUACACUGAUGGCCAGCUUGCGGUAUACGAAGUAGAUCAGGUACUUAUGCCACAGAGGUUUUUCAUUGCUCCACCUCCUCCACCACCUCCAGCGCCCGCUCCAGCCCCUUCAAUACAUAAAAAGAGAUCUUCAGCGUCUUCAUCCACGGUUUCUUCCCAUGCAGUUGGUCUCAAUCUGAUGCAUGAAAUGUUUCAGGCAAGCUUUCUGGUUGCGGUUGUAGCCGCGCCUUUGUUAUUCGGAUGA